AUGGAGCCCAGCGUUGAUGUGGGGUCUUCGCGUGAGUCCUCUUCAGCACAGCUCUCGUCGAGUUCUCCCUCGUUGGUCUCCCUCACUCCGUCUGGUCGCCUCUCAUCGUCGUCUGCCCCCCGGUCUCUGGCGCCGUCUGCUUCUCGUCUCGCUGCGGACUGUUCCUGUCUCCCUGGCAGCGGGAGCUCAGGCGCCUCCCGGGCCCAAACUCUGCCGGCGCGCAGGUCGCGAAAGAGAGCCCACGUGGAAGCCUGCAUCCCCGUUAUUGUUCUCAAUGAUGAAGAGGAAGAAGACCGGCGCGGCGAUCGAACCGCAGAGCAGGACUGCUUUGUCCUAACCGUCUCGGAUAGCGGCGUCUCCUCGGCGCUUCCCGCCAGCGGCAGGGCCCGUCGAGCCCGCGGGGCGAAGGAGGGCAGGGAGGGUCACCCCAGCCGCUCAGCACUCGACGCUUCCUGCGUGAAGCCGCCCUCCCCUCGUUCUCCAUCGGGCUCUGCGCCGACUCCCCCCAGUUCCAGUUCGACGGCGCUUACUCAAGCGGCCACGCUCCCCGCGCCUCCAGCAGGCGAUCGCCUCGCGGCCCCUGGGGCACCUGGGCCCCGCCCCGGACCCCGAGGCCCGAGCGAGUCAGGAACCAAGUCGUCCGAAGGCGACAGGAGCUUCUGCGGGGCCCAGGACGGAGGCGGCCGAAGCUCCGAAGCGCGCCGGGAAGGCCCCGCGACGGCGCGGCGACCGGCGGGCGCGGAGGCAGAACGCUGCCCCCCUCGCCACAGAGGGAACGGCCUGGACGUCCACGCCCGCCGCGCGCAGUCCCGUAGUGCAGGCGAAGACGCGCGAGGCUGUCAAGCCUCUGCGGCGGCCACGGAGGGCGGCGAAUCAGAAGGCCGCGCCGAGGCUGAGACCCCCUCGAGCGCGCUUCCAGGCACGGAGGCGCAGGCCCUGCGGAGUGGGCACGCAGGUCAGUUGCAUGGCAGUGCAGGCCCAACACCGACCGCGCCGUCAUUCGACCCGAGGCGCCCUGAGGACGAGGCGAGCUCCGCGGUGGCGCAACGUGAGAGAGACGCAUCUGCGCCACGUGCGCCUGCCUCUCAACAGACGCUGAGGGCGCCGGUCUCUACGACGCGCGCGAGACAGCGCGCAGAAGAGGAUGUAGAACGCACGCGGAGUCCAGCGGUGCGUGUGGAUCCUGGCGAGCGAGAGUGCGAACGGGAGGCUGAAGCAGGACGCGAAGUCGAUCUCGGUUUCCACGCAACGGCAGACUCAGGAAGCGUUCAACUGCAGCUCACGGCGUUUGCAUUUCGCGCGGAGACCGCCGAGGCUUCCCGGGGUUCCUCGCGCGAGAAGGAGAGCCAAGGUGCCUCCGGGGGCCCGCCGAGAGACCUCGGGCGCGACGCUGCGCAGGCGCGACCAGCGCGAGGAGAAGAGGCGAGGCGAUGCGUCGAGAGGAGCGAAGAUAGCGAAUGCGGGCCUGAGGGUGAGACGGGCGAUACUCCGCGGAGGCGGGAGGAAGCUGACCGCGACGCGCGCGGCGACGAGAGAGCUGAGACGCAAGGAGAGGCGGGGAGUCUGCGGGCGACUGGCGGGCCCCGGCGACGGCGCAGAGACACGGAAGGAGACAAGAGCAACGACAAAGAGAAGGCGAAGCGCGGCCGCAGAGGGGGGGCGCACCUAACCGCGGGGAGAGGAGAAGCUUUCCAGGAGCGAGCAGGGAGCGCAGCCAAACAGGGGGAGGAGGGGGCUGCCUCAGAAGGCCAGCCAGAGCGCCGCGGAACUUCGGCACAAGAGCCGGUCGGCGUCGCCGCCGAGGCGCGCGAAGAGUCGGUGUCGCCAAGCGCGAACGACUCCGCCUCCACAGAAGGCGGCGAAGCAGACCGCAAGGCCUUCCUCCUCCCCGCAGCGGGCACCCGACGCGCAGGCCGCGGCCGCCCCAGGAAGCCUCGGGCGUCCCCAAGCGCGUCGUUCGCAAGCUCAUCGCCGUCCACUGCAGCUGCUGCCGCCUCGCCACCGGCCGCGCUCUCGUCUCCUUCCUCGGCACACGCCCGCGCGUCAAAAAAACAGAAGACAGAAAACACUCGGAAGGCCGCAACGGCGCUAACGACUUCGCGGCUCCUCCUCGCGAUUUCACAGUCUCCGCAGGAGCCCAAUGAGGCCGCGGCUCUCGCCCAGCAGGCCCGCGAGAGGCUGCUGGCAAUCGCGCGGACGCAGGAGAAGCUGCGGCACGAGCAGCGGCAUCUGCUUUCUUUCCUCUGGCGCCUGCAGCAGCGAGAGGAUGGGUGCGAGCGCGAUGAAUGCGCAGCCGAAAGCCUCGAGCUCGGCAAAUCCCAAGAAGGUGCGCACCCGUCAGUCAAGGGCCCAGCGCCGAGAAGCGGCGCAGAUCUCCCUGCGACCGGGGCGAACAGCGAUGCGGAGGGAGGCGCUUUCGCGCAGCCAGAAGGUGCGGUAGAACCGCUCGCGAUGCAGAGAAAAGAGAGAGCGGGCGCGGCAAAAGUCGAGAAGCUCGAGCCUGGCGCCCAGCCGGCCCCAGAAGACGCCACGCGGGUCAGAGCCACCGAACGAGAAGACGCUGAGGGUCAACGAGGCCUUCCGGAGACAUUAGUGUCGGGAGGCAGCCGAGAUGCCUUUUCUGCGUUUCUCUCGUUCAUGACGAAUGCCAUUCUGUACCCCGAUGAACAAGAGCUUCUCCUGCUGCAGCUGUCUGAACUGUCGCGCCUUCCGUUCCCGAAGCCUCAGCGGUUUCCUCUUCGCGCGUCGCAGUCCCUUCGGUCUUCUCCUUCUCCCCCUUCCUCCUCCUCUUCUUCCAGGCCUCCCUCUGCGUCAUCAUCUGCUUUGUCUUCUGCUUCGGGUGCGGCCUCGCCGUCUCUGCCUGCAGCCUCGCCGGCGUCAGUCGCGCCGGCGGCGUCUCCGCGGAGUCCCUCCAGGGACGGGGGGGAGGUCGCACAGGGCGGGGCUCCGCAGCCGCCUCCUGCAGCGGCGUCGCCGCCGUCGCUGUGGAGCUUGGCGAGCGGCCGAGCCGCUUCGAGGCGCGGCCUCUUUCUGCCGCACACGUGUUCGUUCUCUUUUGCUCCUUGCGCCGCUGGGGAGUCGCCGCGCACUUCUUCUUCUGCUUCAGCGGCUGAGAGCCCGCUGGUUGAACCCUGGAGCCUCGGGGGGGUGGUGCCCGGGGUCGGCACGAACGCGGCGGCGGGGGACGAGCCGGAUGAGAGCGACUACGACGCGGGCACCACCACAGAGGAAGAUGAAGACGCUGUCACCGUGGAGGAACCCGACGAGGGCAAGGAGGACGGGGAGGAGUCUCCUGCGUCUGGCAGGGAGCGCACGCCUUGUGCGUCGCCCUUGGCGGCUCGCGACGACGCGGAGAAGGUCCAGCGGCGGCAGGGUCGAGACAUGAACCGAAUGGAGUUUCUUCUGCGGAUGCAUUUGAGUGGGGCGCCGCCAGCAGUUGAAGCGGAGGAUUUUGUUGUUGUUGGCGGACCGCUGCAGCCCGCGCUCGGCGCAGAGCCUGCCAGAAAGGGAGAUAAAGAAGGAACUUCUUUCGCGGCGACACAGGGUCAAGGUGAGGACGGAGAAGGGCACGCGAGUGCGAAGCUGCACAACGACGGGCCUGCAGCGGCCGAGAGCGUGGAGGGACGCGAGGGACUUUCAGCCCUGCCGGUUGCGGCGGCUAGCCAGCCCGAGGAGUCGUCCGCCGCGUGCACGUCUGCUGCGCCUCGCUCUCGCGUCCCUCCGUGCCAUUUGGCUUCUUCUUCUGUCGGGUGUCUGCCGGCGUCUCUUCCGCCUUGUCUCUGGCCCCCCUCGAAGGCGUCUCUCGACUCGCUUGCCUGCCCUUUUUCUUCGCUCUCGCGGCGCGCCCCGGAGCUCGCGAAGGGCGCCCGCAGGGGGGACUGCAUCGCGUCGUGGCUGGCUUGCCUGCCGGCCGCCGUGAAGGCCUUCUUUCCCUCGCCGCGUGUGCAGCUGCAGUUCGCGCGGCACCAGGCGCCCGCGGCGAUGGCGCGCGCCUUCGGGGAGCUGCGGGCGACGGCGCAGGAGGCCUGGCGACGGCGCGACGAAGAGGAAAGUCUGAGUUGCUUCUUCUUGCACCUGGUCCUCGAGGCCCGGCUCCGCUGCGCCCGCGCCGACCGCACGUGCGCAUGCGCCGCCUACUUCGAAGUCCCCACUGACUCCCAGCGUCCCGCAGUCAGCGCAGACCAGACGGCUGCGCCAGACGAGGCGGAGGUCGCGCGACCGCGAGGCGAGGCGCGUUCGCCGCAAGAGAGUUCGCGGGGGGAGAGAGAGCCGCGGGGGGAGAGAGGUGACGAGCCUCAGCGCACAGGCCGAGCCGCAGAGCAGGAAGGAGAAGAGGAGGACGAAGAAGGUCGGACUCAGGAGGGUGUUGAGGAGGAGGAGGAAGCAGCGUGCGCCGUCGGGAAGGGCGACUACUCGCUGCGCGCGGCUCGCGGCCAGGACGGUGGCGCAGAAAAUGGAGACCCAGGGGCGGAGCGAGACGCCAGCACAGCGAGGAUGGGUUCACCGGAAACCACGCCUCCGCCUGAGCGCCAACCGACGCCAGGAGCUCCGGCAGAAGGCUCCCCAAGCCAUGCGCUUCCUCCUCGUUCGUGUGUGCCCCUUCUGUCGGCCGUGUCUCUCAAAGCGCCUCCUUUGGUCGGGUCUCGUCCCCUCCCUGAGGUCGGCUCCGCCUCCGCUGGCCGCGGCGCCUCUCCGGGGUCGCUCUCGCCUUGGUCGCGUUCUCGCGUGUCAACGUGGAUCGCCUCUUUUCCUUCCUCGCAGCCGCGGAAGGCGUCCGACCGCGUCACGCUCGCGCGCCUCGUCCGGCAGCAUACAGCCGAGGCGCAGCGUCCUCUCGAGGGUGAAGCCAGGGCGUCUCCGUCCGCGCCCCUCGCGCCGUUGUCUCCGCCGUCUUCUUCGGCGCCUGCUAUCUCCUCCCUCCUGCCGCGGGCGUCCGGCGCGUGCCCCGGCCGCGCUUCCGCGUCCUCGGCUCCAUCCGCUGGGCUCUCUGCUGGGGGGUCGCCGAGCCUCGCGGAGGUUGAGCUUGAGUGCGACGCCGAUCGCGCGGCUCGCUCGCCUUCACGGAGCGUCUCGCCGUCUUCUCUCUCUUCUGCGUCGUUCAUGUCUGCGAAGGAAGAAGAAGGCAAGCAAGUUCCCGACGGAGCGGGGGAGGCACGCGAGCCAGUGGCGGGAAUCGGCGAAGGAAGCAUGCGGCAGCAGCGCGAAGGCGAGGAAGAAGACCCGCUUGGCGACGAGGGAGAAGAAGACCCGCUUGGCGGCGAGGGAGAAGAAGACCCGCUUGGCGGCGAGGGAGAAGAAGACCCGCUUGGCGACGAGGGAGAAGAAGACCCGCUUGGUGACGAGGGAGAAGAAGACCCGCUUGGCGACGAGGGAGAAGAAAACCCGCUUGGCGACGAGGGAGAAGAAGACCCGCUUGGUGACGAGGGAGAAGAAGACCCGCUUGGUGACGAGGGAGAAGAAGACCCGCUUGGCGACGAGGGAGAAGAAGACCCGCUUGGCGACGAGGGAGAGGCCUCUUGCAGAGGCAACGGCGAAGCGAGGGGCUCGCAGCGAGGCGAGCGUGAAACCAGGGUAUUUGGCCGCGAGGAUGGAGCCGUCCCUCAGGGUAGAUGCGACAGAUAUGUGGCUGAAGAAGAGGACAGAAACGACUCCAUCGAUGACGAGGAGGUUUCCUUUCAAGCGGAAGAAGACGACGACGAAGUCGAGGAACUCGCGUGCGUCAUUGUCGGUGAGAAGGUCGCCCGACAGCACUCCGUCACAGAACCGCGCGAGGCUUCGGGGCGAGACGCAGGAAAGCCAAAGGCGAACUCGAGCGAGGACGACGCGCGAGCGUCUGCAGGAGCUCAGCGAGACGCCGGGCGCUGGGCGCCUCGGAUCGCCGACGCCGUGCGAGGCGCCGCGGCCGCGGCCUUCACGAUCCUGUCGCCCAGAGCUGAAGCGGCACGCGAGAUCGCGGUGCGCCUCGCGAUCCCUGAAAGCCAGACGACGCCGCACACGCGGGGCGCGGACGCGCCCCGCGUGUGCGUGGAGGUCAGCGACGCCUCGCAGUCGCCCUCGCAGCAUGAGACGCACAGGACGCUCACCGAGCGCGAGACGCGACCUGCUGAUGAGGCGGCGUCUCGGAGGGCAGGAGAGAGAGAGAGCGAAAGGCCUGAGAACGUCGAGGAAUGCAGCGCGCUGACUGGGCGAGAUGAGAGUGCGCGCGGUGUGGAUGACCUAGACGGAACAGGCGGAAUCCCUACAGAGAGAAGGGGUUCACCGCUGGUGGCGUCCUCCUUCGGGGCUCGCAUCUCCACGUCGCCCUGGCUCGCCACGCCUCCGCUGUCGCCCUCGUCUUCGUUGUCUCCUCGAGCCUCUCCUCCCGCUUCGCCUCGCCCCGCUCUCGCCAUCCCCGCAUCCACUCCCGCCACGUCUGCGUUGUCGCCGGGGCAUCGUGCUUCCUCGUUCAGCGUCGGCUCGGUCUCUGCUUCCAGUCAGCCCCUCGCGUCGCUGCCUCUGCUCGAACGACUCAAAGUGCGUCUGGGUCUGAAGAUGCCUCAAGCCUGUUUUCCCGAAACCCCUGCGGAAGCCGCGCGUGCCCGCGAGAGUCGUGGCAAAGACUCUCCGUCCGUCACAGGCGAAGCGCAGGCAGCUGAGGGCAGGGUGUCACUGGCUUCUUCGGGCGCCACGCCCUCGCGGACGUCUUCGCCUCCCUCGUCUUCCUCGCCGGCGGGUGGCGCCGUUUUUCCUCCUUCCCGACCGCCUUCCGUCUCUGCGUCUCUGGAGUCCUCAACGCCGGCGGCGACCUUCUCGCGUGCGUCUACGUCGGUUCCUUCGGGUGCGGCGGCCUCUGCGGGUUCGCAUUUCUCCUCGGUGUUGAGCGAAAUCGACUGGCGCAACGCUGACGCGGAGCUGGUGGCGCAGUUUGCGCGGCACUUUGGGCUGAAGUGCCGCUUACCCGACGGCCUCCUGCGCCGCCGCCUGCAUCAGAUCUCGAUUUACCUCGUCGCCGAAGUCCUUUAUCCGCUCUCCGCGCUCCCGCCGCACGACUUCCUCGGCGCGGAAAUGCGACGACGCGAGGCGGAGGCCGCCCAGCGGCCGCAGCGCCGCGCCUCAGACGUCGGCGCCGCCGCCCCGGCGUGUGACGAGCUGCCCUCGUCGCUGGCAUCGCAGGCGCCUCCGUCGCCCCGCAGAGGCGACUCGGACGAAAGCGCGCGCCGCGUGACUGAGAGCGGAGAUAUCGGCGCAGCGGAGGCUUCUCUAGAGACGGCAGGCAGGGCUGCGCAUGCGGCAGAAAGCGAGCACGUGGGGCUUGCGUGCGAGGCGUCGGGAGGCUCGGGGAGAAUGGAGGCGAAGGGCUGUGCGCCGCGGCAGCAGCAUGCGACAGCAGAGACUGCGCGUGUUGAAGGCCGCGCGAGCUCACACGCAGUAGGGAGCUAUAGGAGACGCACGCCAGCUUGCGAAGAGGAGGCAGAGAACUCAGACGCGUCUUCGGAGUCGCCGAGCGAAGGCACGAGAGCUGGAGCAGGAGGUGUGCAGACAGAGGGACUGCAAAAGAAGAUGAGUCAGCAGCAAGGUUGCGGGCGAGGGGCGGCACCGCCGCGAAGCCAGGCCAACGCAGAAGAUGAGACUGCGAGAAGAGAGAAGAGGCGGAAGGAGCGGAAAAAGGCGCGGGCAGCAGCUGAAUCGACUGAGGGCGACGGGAGAAGAAAGGGCGAAGGCAAAAGGAGGAACGAGGAACAAGUCGAUGUCUCCGCCGAGGCCAUCCAAGCGGCCAUCAUGGAGCACGACGGGCUCUACGAAAAGCUCCUCACGCACCAACACGUGGAACUGAAAGAAGUUUAUCUCCAUCUCAGAUCGCGCGGACUCAAGGUCAGCAUGGCGGCGACAAAGGCGUACCUGCAGGCCGCGGGGGUCUACUUCGCGACGCCGUGGAGAAACCAGCAGGGAGAGUGA